UAGGGCCCUCCCUCCAACUUAUGAUUUUAUAGCCAAUAGGUGAUGAGAUUUAUUUGCAUAUUUCCAGUCACAUAAGAAACUGCGGAGUGGAAACAGUGUCAGACUCGAUUCUUACUCCUCCUCUUCCCCCUCCUCCUCCUCCGAGGAAACCUGCCACUUCUAGCUGUCCUCCCCUCCCCUUUAAAGCGCGACUUGCCCUGCGGCUGUCCUCGGCUCCUGCCCUCCGGCUGCUUCGGCUCCGGGGGUCGGUCAGUCGGUCCGCCCCUGGCAACUCCUGCAGAGAGACGUGCCCCAAGAUGACCAAAGCCCUGUUCCUAGUGGCCCUGGGUGUGUGGCUGCAGAGUCUGACCGCUUCCCGAGGAGGGGCGGCCGCCGACGACCGAAGAAGAGAUUUUAUAGACAUUGAAAGUAAAUUUGCCCUAAGGACCCCUGAAGACACAGCUGAGGACACUUGCCACCUCAUACCCGGAGUGGCGGAGUCUGUGGCCAACUGUCACUUCAAUCACAGCAGCAAAACCUUUGUAGUGAUCCAUGGCUGGACGGUGACAGGAAUGUAUGAGAGUUGGGUGCCAAAGCUUGUGGCCGCCCUGUACAAGCGGGAACCAGACUCCAACGUCGUGGUGGUGGACUGGCUGUCCCGGGCUCAACACCAUUACCCAGUGUCUGCAGGCUACACCAAGCUGGUAGGAAAGGAUGUGGCCAGAUUCAUCAACUGGAUGGAGGAGGAAUUUAACUAUCCUCUGGACAAUGUCCAUCUAUUGGGAUACAGCCUUGGAGCCCACGCUGCUGGGAUCGCAGGAAGUCUGACCAAGAAGAAAGUCAACAGAAUUACUGGCCUAGAUCCAGCAGGACCUAACUUCGAGUAUGCAGAAGCCCCAAGUCGCCUUUCUCCUGAUGACGCGCAUUUUGUAGAUGUCUUACACACAUUCACCAGAGGGUCCCCUGGCCGCAGUAUUGGAAUCCAGAAACCAAUAGGGCAUGUUGACAUUUAUCCGAAUGGAGGCACUUUUCAACCAGGGUGCAACAUUGGGGAAGCCAUCCGUGUGAUUGCACAGAGAGGCCUUGGAGAUGUGGACCAGCUAGUGAAAUGCUCCCAUGAGCGCUCCAUUCAUCUCUUCAUCGACUCCCUGUUGAAUGAAGAAAAUCCAAGCAAGGCCUACCGGUGCAGUUCAAAGGAAGCCUUCGAGAAAGGGCUCUGCCUGAGUUGCAGGAAGAACCGUUGCAAUAAUUUGGGCUAUGAGAUCAACAAAGUAAGAUCCAAAAGAAGCAGCAAAAUGUACCUGAAGACUCGUUCCCAGAUGCCUUACAAAGUAUUCCAUUACCAAGUAAAGAUUCAUUUCUCUGGGACCGAAAGUGAAACGCACACCAACCAGGCCUUCGAGAUUUCUCUGUACGGCACGGUGGCGGAGAGUGAGAACAUCCCUUUCACCCUGCCGGAGGUUUCCACAAAUAAGACAUACUCCUUCCUAAUUUACACGGAGGUUGAUAUUGGAGAAUUGCUCAUGUUGAAGCUGAAGUGGAAUAGUGAUUCAUACUUCAGCUGGUCAAACUGGUGGACCAGCCCUGGCUUUGCUAUUGAGAAGAUCAGAGUAAAAGCAGGAGAGACACAAAAAAAGGUGAUCUUCUGUUCCAGGCAGAAAGUGUCUCAUUUGCAGAAAGGAAAGGCACCUGUGAUAUUUGUGAAGUGCCACGACAAGUCUCUGAACAAAAAGUCUGGCUGACCGGGCAAAUCCACAGAAAGAAGAACAGCACAUGAAUUCUGUGAAGAACAAAGUCAAUGAAGUAACCUUUACAAAAGAUGCCCUGUGCUUUGGGUGUUUAAACGUGGAUUUUCCCGAGUAUUAAUCCCAGCUAUAUCCUUGUUAGUUAUUCUAGGAGACAGACUCAAAAUACUAAAAAGUGGCUAAUUCCAUUUGAGGAGUAUGGUGGCCAAAUUGCACACCCUCCAACGUUAAAAGACGCAGAUAUGAAAAGCACUGCAUUUUGUCCUUUGAGAAAGAAAGAAUUGUUCGGGCCCACAGUAAAGUAAGACUCCUUCAUGGGGCAUGUUUAGCCAUGGCCUAACAUUGGUUAGAACCUCCUAUUUUAAUUGGAAUUCUGGAUUUUUUGGACUGGGGCCUUUUCAAAGUUUUCUCCAAGUCUGAAUAUAGAAAAUUGUUUUCUGUGGCCUAAGUCAGACCCACCUGCUACUUAGCAGUAGAAACACCUGAUUUUUUGGAAUGGUUCUUCCUCUUGCCUUUGGGACGUGGCCCAGGAGUUAACCAGGAACAUGUGACUUAGAGGGACCGAGAGUGGGCUGAUGAAGCACUGAGCCUUCAAACAGUCUCCGCUGUUGGCUUGCCUCAUGACAAAAUGAAAAGUUAAAGGAGAUAUAAAAUUUAUAUCAAUUAAUUAUUUUUUGAUCAAUUAAUUCUUAAUAGGGUUUAUAGUUUAAUUUCUCUCUCCCCUCCUAUUUUUUUUGUCUCAAGAUUAUAUUUUAACAACGUUCUUUGGAUGAAUGUUGAAAAUGAGCCCGUAACCCUCAGCUGACACAUAAUUUGAAUGGUGCAGAAAGAAAAUGAUAAUUUUACUAUCAGGUUGUCAUCAAUUUGAAAUCUUUCCAUAUCCAGUAGUUACUAAUCCACGUCAGGCUUAUCUCACUCAUGCUUCAGUCAUAUUUUGAGUGUGUGUCUUUUGUUCCUGGCUUUGAGAGGGAAAAAUGUGUUCAAAUUCAAAGUCUGCAUCAUGUGAGCCUCUACAAAGUUUAGACAAAGCCCGUUUUUACUAAAUAAAAUGGUGGGGAAGUUUUGGGGGUAUCUUCAUAAGCAGUGCUUAUAAACCAUCGUGUGCAAGCAGCCGUGGGCAGUGCCAUGACGGUUGCUACGUGUUGUUUUUAACAACUAAUUAAGAGUGAGUGAACAAUUAUUUAUUAACUCGAUCUCCUAUGUUCAGAAUGCUUUUCAAUGUAUAAAAGUAUAAAAUGAUAAAGAAGUCAACUAUCUCAGAGGCUAUUGCUGGGAACCCAAACUGUGAACGUGUGUGGGUAUCUGAACACAUGCUCCUGCAUAAGGUGUGCGCUUCUCAUUCAGUGUGAUUUGGAAAGUAAAACCAUCAAUCCAGGGAUGUAUUAGAAGAUGUGGGAGUAGAAAUGGUUCCAGAUGUGCCAGAACUUCAGCCCUUUAUCUGAGAAAUGCGGUCAUGCGUAUAUAAUGGAGGACCAGUGCUGUGACUGACUCCAUCAGCCUUGGAAUGAAUUCUCCCUAAAAAUAAAAUGAUGUAAGAUUUGU